GCCCCCAAUAUAUUUACCUAUUUUAUCCUCUUCCGCAAACAAGGACUCGAAAAACCCACCGUAGAAUCCCAGAUCUCUCUCUCUCUCUCUCUCUCUCUCUCUCCUUUCGUUCACGCUCGCAGAGUUUCUUCGUCGUCGACGAUCUUGGCUGUUUCAGGAUGACUCGCGGAAACCAGAGAGAGACUGAUCGCCAGAGAGCUCAGUCCCGAAUCAAACAGAAGGGAAAGGGCAAGGACGAUGGAUUAACCCCGGAACAACGCCGAGAAAGGGAUGCCAAGGCGCUGCAAGAGAAGACUGCGAAGAAGGCGGCACAGGGGGCAUCGGGAGGGGAUGCAGGAGGGAAAAGCGACAAGAAGUGACACAUGUGUGGUAAUGGGGUGUCGCAUAAUGCCCUACUUCGUCCUUUGUUUAGAUGUGACUAAUUUGAAGUGGUUUAAUGUUUGAUGGUUUGGAGAUGUUGUGGCGUUUUUUUCACUUCUGUUUCAAUGUCACUGUCCUCCUGCUUGAUCUACUGUCCCGAAGUUGGUAUUCACCAACUGUGUUAACUGCAAUAUAUUGAUAUAUUAAUAUAUGAUUUAGGACUUUUCUGUUGGGUGCUA